GCAUCACCGGGGCAGAAAGAGGCACAGAGGCACACCUUAAAAGCCGGCCGUGUGGAGCAGACAUGGGCUGCGGGAGGGGAGGCGUCGUUUCUCCGUCUCUGAGUUAGCCGACUCCCGGGUCUCUGUCGUCUCGUUCCCAUUCACCACUCAGUCACCGUGCAGCGCCAUGGCCAAGCAGUACGAUGUGCUCUUCCGACUCCUGCUUCUUGGAGAUUCCGGGGUCGGAAAAACAUGUUUGUUAUGCAGAUUCACGGACAACGAAUUUCACCCGUCUCACAUCUCCACCAUCGGGGUCGACUUCAAAAUGAAGACACUGCUCAUAGACGGGGUCAAAGUGCGAAUACAGAUAUGGGACACUGCAGGCCAGGAAAGGUACCAGACCAUCACGAAGCAGUACUACAGACGAGCACAGGGAAUCUUCCUGGUGUAUGAUAUCACCAGCGAGCGAUCUUUCCAGCACAUUAUGAAGUGGGCCAGCGACGUGGACGAGUACGCUCCAGAAAAGGUCCAGAAAAUUCUCGUGGGGAACAAAUCGGACGAGGUGGACAAGAGGCAGGUGGCCACCGAGCAAGGUGUCAAGCUGGCCAAAGCUUAUGGGAUGGACUUCUUUGAGACAAGUGCCUUUACCAACCACAAUAUAACAGAGACUUUCACUCGACUGGCUGAACAGGUGCUGGCGGCCAAUAAAAAAGACCUGGAUCUGCUCCGGAUGUCCAUGAACGACGAGCUCGACCUCGCCGCUCUGGAGGAAGAGGAGGGGCUCUGUGACGGCGCGGCAAGCGACCAGCGCAAAGGCUGUUGGUGCUGAGGGGGAAUUCCGAUUUGAACAUUCGCCAUCGUCGCACACUUCGGACACUCUUGGGGGGAAAAAAUGUGUUUGCUUUUGUGUGUAGCCUGGAACAGAAAGGUAGCAACUGUUUGUAAAGCGGCCGUUUUGGAGCAAUGCCAAAAAAAAAAAUGCAAACAAGUUGUUGGAAGAUAGAUGGAAGGAGCAUUUUCACCUCGAAGUGCCAAGUGUCGGUGAAUUAACCUGAUGGCCCAAACAUCAACACUUUCCUCAGUGGGACACAGUGUUUCACGAUUAAAGCACUAAAUACUGCUCAAUCCAGUGUGUUUCUUUUGAGCAAAACACACAAAGCGAUCCUGAUCAACUGCGAAUGUGCAAAGAUGGACUUGAUCAGGUUUGGUGUUGUUAAGACGAAGGAACAGGUGGCUUUCCACAGUGCUGCGUUCCGCUGUAUUUAUAAAGCACUGUUACCGACAUGGAUCCUACGGCGGGGUGCCUUCCAAAUGAACAAUCUGAAAAGCUACAACAGUCUUACUGUAGGACUUUCUUUGAAAUAAAACACAGUCCUCCUCCUUUUGAGUACUUUAGCUGUAGUGUACAAACUGACCACAAGAGGGUGCUACAUGCUUGGGAAAGCAGUGCUUGAACCGAGACGUGAAGUCCUGCUUUUUCACAUUUAUUUAUUGAUUGAUUCGUUUAGCACCUGCAGCGGCUACUUUAAUGGAAUGAAAGGUUUCUGAACAUAUGCAGCAUUUCCAUUUUAUUCUUGCCUCGUUUUCUUCACAUGACGCAAGCGGCUUGUAUUCUGUGGUUAAAUAUAUGAUGCAAUGAAUCUAUUCAUCCAUCUUCAGUACCUGCUUGGUCCAAUUCUAUGAUGAUGGGAGGUUUGAGACUGGGCUUAAGGAUAAAAAUAAAAAAUGAAAUGAUCAAUUCUUCCUGUAGCAAAUCAGAAGUUAUUUUCCUAUUGUGAAGUGUUUGUUCAGAGCAGCAGUUCUACACUCCGUGUGGUUCGGUAACUGCUCAUUGCAUUGUACAUACCAGGUUUUUCCAAGUGUUUUACACCAAACACGAGCAUAAACGUCAUGACGAUUAUGGAAAUACCAUUAGAGGGCCGUAGUAUAAGCUCCACAUCAACAUACUGGAAGGUCUGAAAUGUUUCCUUUGUGAAAAUGACAGUGUUUGGGUCAUUUUGUCCUUUUCUCACUGUUUUGUACAGAGUUCAGUGGAGAUGCCCCCCCCAGAUUUAACAAGGGAUGAGUGAGAGUUUUGCAUGUGAUCCACUCUUCUUUUCUUUCUUUUAUUGCAACUUCAGUGAAGUUAAAUAUCUCCUGUAAUUAAGUGAAGCAUUUGACCAGAGUUGCCUGUUGUAGAUUUACACAGAACGAACCAUCGAAGGA